UAAUAGGCAGAGCGGUAGGCCCUGCCCCUUCUGGCUCUCGGGAUAGAAAAGAGUGUUGAUGCCGGCGGCUAGGAUGAGUCUUAGGAGUCGGUGGCGGCUCCGCGCCUGCGAGAAGCGGCUGCUGCUAGUGGCCUCCUCUUUGCAGAUGUGUUGCUGUCAUUGAAUAUUGGUCCAUUUGAAAGCACUAGCAAGCUCAGCCAUCAGCAUGUCCAAGUACAAACUGAUUAUGUUAAGACAUGGAGAGGGUGCUUGGAAUAAAGAGAAUCGUUUUUGUAGCUGGGUGGAUCAGAAGCUUAAUAAUGAAGGAAUGGAGGAAGCUCGGAACUGUGGGAAGCAACUCAAAGCACUAAACUUUGAGUUUGAUCUUGUAUUUACAUCCGUCCUUAAUCGGUCCAUCCAUACAGCCUGGCUGAUCCUGGAAGAGCUGGGGCAGGAGUGGGUUCCUGUAGAAAGUUCGUGGCGUCUGAAUGAGCGUCACUAUGGAGCCCUGAUUGGUCUCAACAGAGAAAAAAUGGCUUUGAAUCAUGGUGAAGAACAAGUGAAGCUCUGGAGAAGAAGCUACAGUGUGACCCCACCACCCAUUGAGGAGUCUCAUCCUUACUACCACGAAAUCUACAAUGACCGGAGGUAUAAAGUAUGUGAUGUACCUGCCGAUCAGCUCCCACGAUCUGAAAGCUUAAAGGAUGUUCUAGAGAGACUCCUUCCCUUUUGGAAUGAAAGGAUUGCUCCUGAAGUAUUAAGUGGCAAAACCAUUUUGAUAUCUGCUCAUGGAAAUAGCAGUAGGGCACUCCUGAAACAUCUGGAAGACUUUAGCAAGCAUCAGGAGCCCCUGGAGGGAGAGCCUGGUCUACCGGAGUGCCAGCCCUGCCCUCGGGUUUCUGAAUCAGUAGGUAUCUCAGAUGAAGACAUUAUCAACAUCACGCUUCCCACUGGAGUCCCCAUUCUCCUGGAACUGGAUGAAAACCUGCACGCAGCUGGGCCUCACCAGUUCCUGGGUGACCAAGAGGCUGUCCAAGCAGCCAUUAGGAAAGUAGAGGAUCAAGGGAAAGUGAAACGAGCUGAAAAAUAAAGUCUACCCUAAGUGCUGGCCAGGAAUAGCCAAAAAAGAAGUGCCAUGCAGUGUGUUAUGGGUGCUGAUCUCAUUGUCUCUCUCUUUUUUUUCCUGAUUUUUUCAGAGCUAGGUCCUGAGGUAGAGUUUAUAUAGGUAAUUAGGUAACUUAUGUUGGCCCAGAUAAAGGCUUUAGGAUGCCUGAGCGCUUAUGUCAUAAGCUUUUUGAGUUAGCUGUCCUGCUAGCCCCUUUUGAAUUAGUCACUUAACAAAUAACCAGUGGGGCUUAAUCAAGGUCUUAAGUUUCUGGGAUGAGAGAGUAACAAGUAGAGGUGAAGUUUCAGGUAUUCCUCAUUCACUAAAUCUUACGGAGUCACCAUUGACAAGCACUACUUACCCCAACAAGUAGUUCACUGUUAUAUUUACUAAAAUUUUCUGGGAUAAUAGUAAGGUAUAUUAGGUAAUACACUCUACUUCAGUAUUUAUUACUAGUCUUUUCCUCUAGGAAAAGGGAUGCUUUGAUAGGUGAAGAGCAGAGACCUGUGGAAUGGGAAUGUCACAGGUGGGUUCCUCCAAAAACCUGAAGACAAACAGCAAGGCCCUUUGCUUUGUCUGUAGUCCAGAGACCUCCUUUGUGUGACAUUUGGUAGGACUUUUCUUUGGCUUCUAGAAUUAGCAUCAUACAGGCAAUCAUAGCUGUUUGUGUUCUUUUGUGAUUGUUGUUUCUGAACUUUAAUCUUGGAUACUUAAAGUUGGUUUAAAAAUAAAGUUCUCUGAUGGAAAGUGAUGUUCCAAA